GACAAGUGCAGAGUUUCGUCUUCCAUAACAACUCCAAGGUUGAGGAGAGGCGCACUGUACUCUGUUCUGCGUCACAAUGUCUUCUUCCAUGGCUUUGUUUUCUCCUCCUUUCCAUCUUUCCACUCUCUCUUCUUCAUUAUGCCACAGAAAUUCCUUCUCCUCCAUACCUUUUUCUUCUCUCAGAACCAGAAGAAGCCCUUCUUCUUCCUCUCUUUUCACCAUCAGAGCCGCUGCGGAACCGGAGCCGGCUAAGUCCGUAACGGAAGAGCAGGAGAGCCUCCCCGGAACAAAUGGCGCGAUGGCGGCUGCUGAAGAAGUGGAGGUCGUUACCAAAUUUGAAGACGCUAAGUGGAUUAAUGGAACUUGGGAUCUGAAUCAGUUCCGGAAACACGGAAGUAUCGACUGGGAUUCUGUUAUUGAUUCCGAGGCUAGGAGGAGAAAAUGGGUGGAAAAAAAUCGAGAAUCAUCAAGUAAUGAGGAUCCCGUGGUGUUUGGGACAUCCAUAAUUCCAUGGUGGGCUUGGAUUAAGCGCUACCAUCUCCCUGAAGCUGAGACACUCAAUGGGCGUGCAGCGAUGGUGGGGUUCUUCAUGGCUUACUUUGUUGAUAGCUUGAGUGGGGUAGGGGUAGUGGGUCAAAUGGGCAACUUCUUCUGCAAAACUCUGCUGUUUGUGGCUGUGGUGGGAGUUGUUUUGAUCAGAGAGAAUGAAGAUAUUGAGACUUUGAAGAAGUUGAUUGAUGAGACAAGCUUGUAUGACAAGCAAUGGCGAGCAACUUGGGAGGAUUAAGCUGAAGAAGUUGAUUAUCUAUAUCUAUAAUUUCGCUUUAGAUUCCUUUGUUUGUAGCUCGAAAUCGAACACUUUUCUUAUAGCCCAAGAAAACCCAAGUUUUUAGUCCAAUUUCCAUUUCCAAACAACAAAACAAACCAAAUGGGGACACACAAAAGGGUUUUGCUUAGCUUUUUGGUAAUGAUUCACACUUGUUAUUUCUAAGAAGUUGUUCACAAAACUUUC